GCGCCUGGACGAUUGAGUAUUUUGUUCAAAAUUGUACAUUAUGCUGUAAGUCAAAAAUUCAAAUAAAUGGUCGUAAGUGGGACCCUGAGUAAAUGGAAGUCGAAUUAUCACGGUAGCUGACUGCACAGAGCGAAACAAUUGGUCAACUGUGUAAAGCCACUUUUACAGGAUCAAUUUAAAUAUUCACUCAUAAGGUCAUCCAAGUCGAAACGCAUGCGCAGUAUCGAAACUUUUCAGGGCACUUCAACUACUUUAGACUGUAUACGACCCACUACCAUUUCAUUUUCCAUACUUUAAUUUAGGAACGGGCAUAUAGGAACUGAUAUCAUAAAAACAAAAUGCAGUCUCUGGCUAUAAUAUGUCUAGGAGUUGCAGCUGUAUGUCUCUGUACUGCUCAAGAAGGACCGUCCCCCUAUAAUAUGUUGUCGGAGGAUAGGUAUAGGGAAUUAUCGAAGACAGCAGUUGUACUUAUAGAGAACUUACCUUUUGAUAUCACUGAAAAUGCUCUUCGUAAAUUACUGUCACCACUUGGGGAAACGAUAACGUCAGUGAAGAUAGAUAGAGUGGCAUAUAGGGAUCGAACACUUUACUUUUCCCUCUCGCAUGAAAAACCUCAAAUUGAAGAUCCUGAACCCAAAAAGGAUAAUGCAGGGUCAACCACGGCGAAUGAGAUACGAAUAGAGAACUUAAGUAUUGACGUCGAUAAAUCUCUUUAUGUACGACUUAGUAGCUAUGGCAGGAUAACGGGAGUCCAAAUUGGUUUUGACAAAAAUACCGGGUCUAAGUAUGGAAUAUUUCGAUUUAGUAAUAGCCAAGAGGCAGCAAGUGCCGUUACUCACCUUAAUGGCCAGGACUUUAUGGGUAAACGUAUGCGCGUAUUCCUCGUAGGGGAAGACCCAUAGCGUCCUAGAUCAGGACGUCCUCUAAGCUAAGGUAGAAGAUAUUAAAGGAAGUCGUUUUGGAAAUAGUGGAAAUACAACUGUUAUGGUCAUAUAUUGGACUAACAAGAAAUCAUGUAAGCAUUUCUUCUUUCUAAAAACAAAACAGACGAUAACAUAAAAAAUAACAACAUCAUUAAGAGUUUAUUGAUUAUAUGCAAAUUGGAAUAUACAAUUAUAUAGAUUAUACAAAUUAGAAAUUACUUUCCCAGGGGGUGGACACUCUAGAAUAUUUUUGUACGCAAAACACGUAGGUGUCAUUGACGUAGCGCCUGUUACGCACAGUACGCCCGUGCGUAGCAAAUGAAUUUGGAAAAAAAUAAAGUGUUAAAAUGCAUUAAUUUGUGUGCAAAUUUAUUGAUGAUUCUGUAUUUGUAUAUUUAACCAUUACGUUUUAUCAGAAUAGAACCAUUAUAUCUCAA